AUGGCAACUACACAGGGCCCAGUGAUUGCUGGCGUUGCGAUCAGUUUUGCGGUCCUGAGUUUUGUGACCAUUUGCCUCCGGCUGUUUGCUCGAAUCUAUGUCUUGAAGCGAAUGGGCUUGGAUGACUACUUGAUUAUUGGCGCCUGCCUUCUAUCAUGGGCGUUCACAGCAGUUACCAUUGUUGCUGUCAAGCAUGGCAUGGGCCAGCACAUGGCGGAUGUGGAUCAGAGUGGUCUAAUAACAUACUCUUUUGCCGUUUGGCUGAGUUCAAUGUUCUACUUGGCCGCCCUGGGCUUCGUCAAAACCUCCGUCUGCUGGUUCUACACCCGACUUGGCGACAAGCAACUCACGCGCAUGUCUCUCGUCAUGUUGUGCGUGGUGGGUUGUCAGGCCACUUCCUUCGUCCUGACAGCUGCGUUUCAGUGCAAUCCCAUCCCCCGCGCCUGGAACACUAGCAUCCCCGGCCACUGCGUGACGAUCAACGUCUUCUACCUCGCCAACGCGGCGCUGAACAUUACUACCGAUCUGAUUACCUACUCACUUCCGAUCCGUGUCAUCCUAAAACUACACAUGCCAAGGAAACAGAAGUUGGCCCUUGGUGGUAUCCUCUGUCUUGGUCUAUUCGCCUGCAUAUCCUCCAUCAUCCGAAUCACCUAUAUCCCCGCGAUGCUCACCUCCAGCGACUCCACCUACGCCAUCAGCGGCGCCAUGUACUGGUCCGCCAUCGAGAUCAACGUAGGCAUCUUGGCCUCCUCCAUCCCGUCCUUCAAAGCCAUCGCCUCUCGCUUCCUCCCCCGCUUGAUCGGCGAAUACAGCUCGAACCGCGGCUAUGGCGGAUGGUCGAGCAGCAACAUGAGAAAAGAGGAAUCGGGCUUCUCCAAGGGUCGCGAGCAUCCAUUCGAUAUGAGUAUCCUGCAGACCCAAGAUGGGGAUGCCAUGACGGGCACGCAGAUCGGGAGGAAUAACAGCCAGGAACGGAUUAUUGUCCCGGAUGGGAAGAUAUACGCUCAUACGGAAAUCGAGACGAAUGUCGAAGUCAGUACGGAGUAUUAUACGCGGGGGAUGCAGUCGUUUGAUAUUCCUCGGUCUGUCGGGACGCAUAGUUCUUGA